AUGGCCAAGGCGCUGCUCUCCUCCUCGCUGCUCCCCUCGCUCCCGCGCGCCGUCGCGGGCGCCGGCGCCGCGAGGCUGCCGCCGCUCCCCUCGCUGCGCCGCCGCGCCGCGGGGUGCCGGGUCAGGGCGAGCCUCCACGGGCUCGACUCCGUGGGGGGCCUCCACGCCGCGCUCGAGCGCGCCGAGGCCGCGCUCUACACGCUCGCCGACGCCGCGGUCGUCGCCGCCGACUCGGCGGCCGGGGCGGCCGGAGGAGGAGAGGACGCCGGCACGGCCGUGCAGAAGAGCGGGGGAUGGUUCGGGUUCAUCUCCGACGCCAUGGAGGUCGUGCUCAAGAUUCUGAAGGAUGGUCUCUCAGCAGUUCAUGUGCCCUACGCUUAUGGAUUUGCCAUCAUUCUGCUCACCAUUGUCGUGAAGGCUGCAACAUUGCCGUUAACGAAGCAGCAGGUCGAAUCAACCAUGGCGAUGCAGAAUUUGCAGCCACAGCUCAAGGCAAUUCAGGCGAGAUACGCAGGCAAUCAGGAAAGAAUACAGCUUGAGACUGCUCGUUUGUACAAGCAAGCUGGAGUCAAUCCUCUAGCAGGAUGUUUGCCAACUUUGGCAACAAUUCCAGUCUGGAUUGGACUUUACCAAGCCCUUUCAAAUGUAGCAAAUGAGGGUUUGUUGACAGAAGGAUUUUUCUGGAUUCCAUCUUUGGGAGGCCCUACAACAAUUGCUGCUCGUCAAAGUGGUGCUGGCAUUUCAUGGCUCUUUCCUUUUGUGGAUGGUCAUCCGCCAAUAGGCUGGCAUGAUACGAUAUGUUAUCUUGUGUUGCCCGUGCUACUCGUUGCUUCUCAGUUUGUCUCCAUGGAGAUCAUGAAACCACCCCAGAGUACUGAUCCAUCGCAGAAGAAUACACAACUUAUUUUGAAAUUUCUUCCAUUUAUGAUCGGUUACUUCUCUUUGUCGGUGCCAUCAGGAUUGUCCAUUUAUUGGUUUACAAACAAUGUCCUCAGUACAGCCCAGCAGAUAUGGUUGCGGAAACUGGGAGGAGCAAAGCCUGCUAUGAAUGAGGGAGCAAGCGGAAUUAUAACUGCUGGACGAGCAAAACGUUCAGGUGCUCAAUCAGGCCAGGGUGGAGAAAGGUUUAAGCAGCUAAAAGAAGAGGAGAACAGGAGAAAAGCUGUGAAAGCACUUGGUGCAGGAGAUUCAAAUGGUUCAACUACAUCAGAGGAUGAAGAGUCAGAUGAUGAUACUACAGAGGAGGGAGGACCUGUAGAGGAAACAUUCGCUACCGGCAACGACAAGAAGCUCCCUACUUACUCUGGAAAGAAGGGCAAGAGGUCAAAGAGGAAGCGCAUUGUGCAGUAA